UUACUCUUUGCAUUCGCACCUGCGUCUUGGCAAUAGCUAGGGGAACGAGGGAGGAAGCAGCUAUCUUUCACACAAAGGAGCAAUUAUACGCUAUACCGUAAUAGGUGGCGCCAUGGUCAAGUCCACCGAUCUAGGCCAAAAAGAGGAGCGAAAAGGGGGUCGGAUCCAGCGCGAUGCCCAAUCGAGACGAACAAGGCCUGACCCGCAGCAGUCGCAGGGAGAUAGGCCGCAGACCUCGACACCUCAACUACGCCUCACACCAGAGAACCUACGUCCGUACCGCAAACACAUUCCAUAUGGAAUCAUGGCCCAAGAGACAAUAAAGGAUGCAACAAAAGACGGUCUUAUUCUUGAGCGCGGGCAGCCGCUUCGGACGGUAAUUCAGGCAAGCGAACUGGACAAGAUCCCUCUAGAUACAAGAAUUUGCUGGCUACGGGAAGCUGCAGAAGGAACCCAAUAUAUGCAUGAUAACAAAAUAAUUCAUGCUGAUGUUGGAUGCAAUAAUUGGGUGCUGGUUGGAGAGCAUUUGAAGAUUAUUGACUUUGAAGGUUGCAGCAUUGAUGGAGAAGAUGCAGGAGCAUGCUAUGAGUGGUUCAGUUACAAGGGACCGGUGAUAAGCCGAAAGACCGAUAUCUUUGCUUUCGGCUGUGCGAUCUACGAAGUUAUGACAGGUAAGCUGCCAUACAAGGAGCUUUUGGAAUUUGAGAAUCCAAUGUUACGCGCCAGGGAGCUAUAUUCACAGAACCAAUUCCCGGAGGUUGAAAAGAUACCGUUGGGUAGUUUGAUGCAGGGUUGUUGGCAGGGUACUCUCAAUUCUAUGCGCGAAAUUCUUCAAGAACUUGAAGGUGUGAUAGCUGGGUCUUCGCCACAAGAAUGA